AUGGCCAACAUCGUCGGCCUCUCGAGUCUCCGCGGCCGCAACGACGACGACGAGCGACAGGAGCGCGACGAGCCGAACCAGUACUACGCCGGCGGGGCCUCGGACCGUGGCGGAGGCAGCGGGCUGUCCGUCAUUGGCCCUGCCAGCGACGACCACGUGGCUAACAUCAUUGGGCGCGCGCAGCAAGACGCUCGCUCGGAGGCGUCCACGCAGCCUCGACACGUGAUCACGUUCUACCGGGACGGCUUCACCGUGAACGACGGGCCGUACCGCACCCGUUCGGACGUGGCGAAUCGGCCGUUUCUGGAAGCUCUGGAGCAGGGCCACGUGCCGCACGAGCUGGAGGGCGUGAACCGCAAUGAACCGGUGGAAAUCAGUCUCGUGGACAAGCGGGAGGAGGAGUAUGUAGCACCCCGUUUGCCUGCUUACACGGCCUUCAGUGGCGAGGGACAGGUCAUGGGCUCCAGGACAUAUGGAGCUGAAGCCGUGGUUCAAGGAGAAGAGGUCCAGACGGCCGAGCGUCCAGUAGUUGAUGACAAGAAACCGACGACGACGUUGCAGCUCCGUCUGCACAAUGGCCAGCGACUGCGGGAGACGCUGAAUCUGGACCACACGCUGCGGGAUUUGCACGCGAUCAUUCAGCUGAACGACGCGGGAGCGCAAGCGUAUACGCUGCUCGCUGGGUUUCCUCCGCGUCCCGUGUCGACGGAUCUCGACCAGACCAUCGAGCAAGCGGGACUCAAGGGCGCGGCUAUCACGCAGAAGCUCAUUUAA